UUGGGCAUCAUGGCGGACGGUAGAGAGAAAGGACUGCAGGAUUACAGAAAAAGAUUGCUCGAGCACAAAGAAGUUGACGGGCGGUUAAAAGAAUUGAGAGAGCAACUGAGAGAACAAACCAAACAAUAUGAGAAGUCAGAGAACGACUUGAAGGCUCUGCAGAGUGUCGGACAGAUUGUUGGAGAAGUGCUGAAACAGCUGACUGAAGAGAAAUUCAUUGUCAAGGCUACCAAUGGCCCCCGGUAUGUGGUUGGAUGCCGCAGACAGUUGGAUAAGUCGCAGCUGAAGCCAGGCACCAGAGUGGCUUUGGACAUGACCACGCUCACUAUAAUGAGGUACCUUCCCAGAGAGGUGGACCCCCUGGUGUACAACAUGUCUCAUGAGGACCCUGGCAGCGUCUCCUACUCUGAAAUUGGAGGCUUGUCUGAACAGAUCCGUGAGCUGAGAGAGGUUAUUGAGCUGCCUCUGACCAACCCUGAGCUCUUCCAGAGAGUGGGAAUCAUCCCCCCUAAAGGCUGCCUGCUCUAUGGGCCUCCAGGUACUGGAAAGACUCUUCUGGCCAGAGCAGUAGCCAGUCAGCUUGACUGUAACUUCCUUAAGGUGGUUUCCAGCUCAAUUGUGGACAAGUACAUUGGUGAGAGUGCCAGGUUGAUAAGAGAGAUGUUCAACUAUGCCAGGGACCACCAGCCAUGCAUCAUAUUUAUGGAUGAAAUUGAUGCCAUCGGUGGGCGUCGUUUCUCUGAGGGAACCUCUGCUGACAGAGAGAUUCAAAGGACACUGAUGGAGCUGCUUAACCAGAUGGACGGCUUUGACACGCUGCACAGAGUCAAGAUGAUCAUGGCCACCAACAGACCUGACACCCUGGAUCCCGCCCUGCUACGACCUGGCAGACUGGACCGUAAAAUCCACAUUGAAUUACCCAACGAACAGGCUCGUCUGGACAUCCUAAAGAUCCACGCAAGUCCCAUCACCAAGCACGGAGAAAUAGAUUAUGAAGCCAUAGUGAAGCUGUCGGACGGCUUCAAUGGAGCUGAUCUGAGAAACGUGUGCACAGAAGCAGGUCUGUUUGCCAUCCGCGCUGACCGGGAGUACGUCACUCAGGAAGACUUCAUGAAAGCUGUGCGGAAAGUGGCUGAUUCAAAGAAGCUUGAGUCCAAACUGGACUACAAGCCUGUAUAAACCCCAAGUGUGUCAGUCAUUUUCUCUACCUGACCUUUUUCAUUACAUUGUCAUUGAUUUGCUCUAUGCUACAAGGCCAGAGACGACAAGUUUUUGUUUGUGGGAAGCAACAUUUGCCAACAAAUUAGUUUCACUCAUUAUCUUCUGUUCUGUUUCCACUUAUAUAAAAUAACUUCCAUGUACUGAAAUAUAACAAACUAUUGCAAGUUGUGCGUUUUUCUUAUGUCUCAACACUGUCUGCUGAGUGUUCAGUACUGAUUUAACACCUGGUGUUUGAGUGUGAAACUUUGUUCCCAAUCUUGCCAAUAGUAAUGGACAAAAGGUAUUCUUGACUCAACGUGAGCUUACCAACAUCACUAUUCAAAACUAAACAAUUUCAAAUGAAAAGUUAACAUCAAGAGUAUAAGCUACAUGGCCCAACAAACCCUAGUCUUGUGUGACUGUUGUAUGGACCUGGUAGCGCCCUCUGCUGAUUGUCAAUCCAUACGCAGGCAUACAACAGAAUACAUGCUUGUCAAAUUGAUCUUAAAGCUCCUGGUUUACAAUCACCAUGUACAAUGAGUCGGAUGAAACGUUUGUAUUGGCUGUGGUUAAUAAAUACUGCGCUGCUGUGAAGUCAAACUAA